AUGGAUAAGGUUCCCAUUCGAGUUGACGGAAGAUUCAGGCUAGGAGACAUUUUGGGAUCCGGCUCAUAUGGUAUCACUGAAUACAAUAUUUUGAAACACCUUGAAGGUGGUGUUGGUAUUCCUCGUGCCCUCUGGUUCGGUAGGGAGUCGACAUAUCAUGCUCUCGUUCUCGAUCUCCUUGGGCCAUCCUUACACAGUCUCUUCCUUUCUCACAGCCGAAAAUUCAGCCUUGAGACUGUCAUAAAUCUAGGGGAUCAGCUGGUCCGUCACUUUCACUGUCUCGAAUACGUUCACUCGCACAAUUAUAUUCACGGUGACAUUAAACCACAAAACGUUGUUCUGGGUCUUGGCGAUUUGAGGCACACCGCCUUCAUCAUUGAUUUUGGUAUCGUGAAGGAAUUCUGGAAUAUGACAACCAGUGUCAACGUCUCACUGGCACUCCUGCGUUUGCAGUCAAUCAACAAUCACCUGGGAGUUGAACCAGGUCGUCGUGACGACCUCGAGUCACUUACGUACAUGUUGAUAUACUUCUUGCAGGGCUCCCUUCCUUGGUUAAUCAUUCUUCCAUACUUCGAGCGCAAAGUAAACACCACUAUCGAAGAUCUAUGCCGUGGAAUCCCUGUCGAAUUUGCAACAAUGCUCAUUUACACGUGCUCUCUCGCAUUCUCAGAGGAACCCGACUACAAUCACCUUCGUUCAUUACUUCACACACUUCCAUGUAGGGAGUAG